AUGCUUCGCUUUGCAUCUGUCUUCGCCAAACACAAGCCGCGGGAAGAUCCGUUCGUGUAUCCACUGCUGUGCUUUGCAUUCGGGAUUUGUGUAAUGCUUGCCAUGAGUGCUGGCGCUCACUUGUUCAACUGCAUGUCGAUCAAAGCCCGUCACGUAUGCUUCUUUUUCGAUUAUGCUGCCAUUAGCGUGUACACCUUCACGGCUGGUCAAGUGUUUUAUUUUUAUUCUAGGCCAGUGAGCACAACAUGGUUGAUAUUCAACACCCCCGCUCUGUUCCUAGCGAUCUCCGCCGCCAUUUCUUUUGCAUCGACGUUGGCGUGUUGCUACUCGUUUUGCAGCACAAGUCGUUUCGAUGCAGCUUUAAAAGCGAGUACUUACAUUAGCUCGUGGCUGUUCAACACUUCACCUUAUUGGACAAUGUUAUCAUUAUGUAACACAACAUCAACUUGUAGCAGCCCUCAAUCCGUGCAGUAUUUCACUCGUCACUGUCUAUUCUACGCGGGUGGGACGCUUGCGUAUGUUUUCCGCGUCCCGGAACGUUUGAUGAUUGGAGUUUUCGACGUGGUAGGGCACAGCCAUCACUUCCUUCAUAUUCUAUGCGCAAUCGGUGCAGCAGAUGAGUUUUCAGCUGUUGAACUAGAUAUGCAGCAGAGAAGGUCUAUCAUCGAGCCACUCCCAGGACCCACAUUCUCAAACAGUAUUUUGCUAACGAUCUUAGUCGUUCUUGGAAACAUCUCAGUAGUACUGUUGUGUACAAGGUACCUAAAUUUACGAAAGCACUGA